CGUCUGGGCGAGAAGGUCUCCGUCAUACAUGGGGAAAAUAACUGUACAAAUAACCUCCAUUGUUUUUCGAAGAAACGACGGGAACCUCAUCACACGGGAGAGACCACGGACCUGUCUGCACUGCUUGAGUAAGCAUUACUUGUGUUUCAUUGGUAAACGGGAGCUGUGAUUGUGGAGCGACGGUCUUUACGACGACUUGUUGCGGGGACGGAGAUGCGGCGGCGACGGCGGCGGGCGGUGGAUGCUGAGAAGCGUCUGUAGUCUCCAUCACCAACCAUCCUUCCUCCCACAGCAGCUAUAUGAGUCAACAUGGCCGCGGAGCAGCUCGACCUGCUCAUCCUCUGAGCCGUAGUGCAAAGCAAUACUGAGGUAAAGAAAAAUACACGGUUCGUUUUAUACAUGCUCAGAAGGGCAUUUUAAUUUUAAGACAUGGGGGAAAACGAGACAAAGAAAGUUUUUGGCUCCAUAUCCACAGCAUAGAUGGCGUUCAUGUCCCGCUUCUCUCGGUCUCGGAGCAGCUCCAGGUCUCCGAGCCGAAAGGAGUCUGAGCGUGACUCCCAGACACUGACGGUGUCCGAGCUGGAGAGGCUGCUGUACACGGGCAAGACGGCCUGCAACCAUGCGGACGAAGUGUGGCCCAGGCUCUACAUUGGAGACCAAAACAUUGCCUCCGACCGCCGUGAGCUGGCCAGACUCGGUAUCACACACAUUCUGAACUGCGCGCAGAGCAAGUGGCGAGGCGGAGCCGAGUAUUACGCGGGAAUGAACAUCACCUACCACGGGAUCGAGGCUCACGACUCCCCGACCUUUGACAUGAGCGUCAACUUUUAUCCGGCUGCCGAGUUUAUCCACAAAGCCCUCUCGAGUGGAGGUAAGGUGCUGGUCCACUGCACAGUGGGAGUGAGUCGCUCAGCCACUCUGGUGCUGGCCUACCUGAUGAUCAGACAGAACCUGACGCUGGUGGAGGCCAUCAGAACAGUCAAAGACCACCGAGGCGUCAUCCCCAACCGAGGCUUCCUCCGCCAACUCAAUGGACUGGACGGCAUCCUGAGAGAAAGCCGGAAGACAUCGCCGCAGAGCUGAAAACCCUCCCACACACACAACCACACAUAUAAGCCAAGGUAGCAGCCAGACACACAAAACAGAGACAAAUUCAGAGCAACAAGUGACUUUCUGACGCUGGAGGCUCUGAGUGGCAAAAGGUGACUGAAUGUCACUUUCCUGAGCUAACGGUAAUCUUCAUUUCUUUUCAUCUGGUCAGUCCUUUCACGUGUACUGCUGGUGGUGCCCGUCAAGGUCACACUCUCCAGGGAGGGUCCAAGUUUCAUCAGAUUGAUUAGCGGAGGCAAUGACAGCCUCACACUGCCCUUUAAAGCAUUCACACAUUCAUUUAACGAGUCAUAUUUUUACUGAAGGAAAAAUCAGGGAAACCCUCAGGGAAACAGCAGAGGGUGACACUUUCAGGUCAUGUAACUGGAGAAUGCAACAAUUGAUGUGUUUCUGUCCUUCAGACCAAGUACUUUCCCUUUGGGAUUUAGAAGUAUUGACAUUUUAAAGAUAAAAAGCUACUGAUUUGAUGGAAAAUUGGUAAACGAGCAUUGAUAGAACGUCACUCUGUGGCAUGUAGGUUGGAGAGGUUUUAAAAGCACAACUCAAGUCCCCAAAAUGCACGAGACAAAAAUCAAACCCACACUGAAAACAAAGAUGUGGAUCCAGCAGAGUUUAUUGUACUGCGAUUGCCUUCAUACAGGAAGUCUUGAUAAAAUCCCAACUAAUUUCUGGAGAAACCAACAUCUACUUCCUUUUUGGUUGACCCUCGACUUUAAACUUCUCACAUUCCAGAGUACACUGGUGGCUUAUACUUACUCACUUUACCAGUUUAUUCCAGUUUACUCAAUUCUAAAUACCGACUUGCCGAAUUAAUGAUUUCAUACACGUUCAUCUAUGCCAUGGCUUCUGCCAUGGCUUCAGCAUACAUCACAUCCAGUGAUGUAUGCUGAAUCAAGAGGAGUGUUGCUAGGUGGUCUGUGGCGUGUAUGAACCAGUGUGUUCGAAUACUCACGGCCCGCAAUCAAGUGACCAGGUAUCAACUGUUUGGCUUCGAAGGAAUUAUGGAAGAACCUUCAGGAAACUAGAGCUGUAGAACAGAAAAGGCUUCCACACUAUUCCCAGAGGCAUUUUUUGAGGAUUUGGCUCUAGUACGUCAUUCCAGGGAUUCUACUAAGGGUGUUCUGAUGCUUUAUAAUGUUAGCCUCAGAUAUAGGUAGAAGGGAUCAGAAGUCAGCCCAGAGCCCUUUGCACCAAGAAGAGUGGAAAUGUUCUUGACUGUUUUUCUUGGCCGCAGGGUAGAUUCUGAAGGCUCUCAAGGGAUGACGUAUCUCUUCCCAGCCAUGGAGAAUUUCAGAUUCUUCUAAGGGAACUGAAAAACAGGGCUGGAUGUUUGGAAUUUCUGAUUUAGCCUACAUGAACAUAGUAAGAAGUAUCCUGUGCAUUUAAGGCUGGAGAUCAAAACUAGGGAGAGUGGAAUGCACAACUCCAAAUUGCACAGAUGUGCUGCUGUCUGAGCACAGGAUGCAGGUUUCUGCCAGAGAAAGUCCCUGGUAUCUAUGUUCAGGUGUUACCAGGUUGAGAAUUGGGUCUGGUUCAGCUGCUGAGUCGACGUAGCAACGAUUUAUGCGUUCACUUUGCGCUCUAGGACAUCAUCACCUUUCCUGCAGACCUAAACAGUUCAAACAUGUUGUGCAAGACAACAUGUUUGAGCAUGCUCCCCGUCAACGCCACCUCGCUCCACUCUGCAUCACUUAAACAAAAACAGGUUUGGAAGCAGUGCACUGCUCCCGCUGCUCAACCCCUUAACUGUCAUGAUGACACCGGUAUCCUCGUGGACACACUGACUUACAUGUUAGCAUUUUGAGGGCAACAAAGAAACAGUACACACCAUCAUGAUUUGUUCUUUUCCUCUCCUUGCACUAUGUUCCAGAACCGUGUGAAGGCACAGUUCCCGCUUUACAUUCUUCUGCCCACAUUGACAGGAAAAGUGACAUUCUGUUGAUACCAAUCUCCAAUUACACAACCAGAUGGCUCUAAACGUCUACACUGAAUUUAUAGGCAUUGUUUUUACUACUCAGAUGAUUCCAUUGAAUAAGUGCCCUGGCCUGAGCUAUUGAGUCGUGCAGCAGUUGUAAUAUGGAUCUAAACCAGCAACGCUUUGUAGCCGUUAGGUAUUCAAAAUAACAACAUAGCUUUUUUCAGUGUGAAUAGACUGCAGAAUACUUUAACAGGCACGGCCUUUCAUCUAUGUCCAUUAGUGCUACGAUUGCGCUGAAUUAAAAACUGUCCAGUCUAGUGUGUGUUUAAAUGUUAUAUUGACUGGAAGGUCUCUUGGAUUUUGUCACAAAAUAAUACCAGAUAUGUGCCACUGCAAAAGCUACUACCUGCCUGGCUGACAGGAAGUGUUGGGUGUUCAGAGCCCUGUCGUACCCAGUGCUCUCUGUGACUUAUGCUAAGUGAGCCUUGUGCUUCCUAAAAACAUUCUCAGUUUAUGCUAACUUAUUAAAAGUCAUUUUUAGUGUUGUUGUUAAAUACCUCAACUAUAGUGUUUCAAAUAUACUUUUUGGAGUUGUUCUGUGCUAUUCUACUGGCAAGACGAAGUUUGGGUGAGAAGACAGACGGUUCGUUGCUGAAAAGGUACAUCUUGGAUAUGAACCUUUGUAUUUGUAAAGUCUAGAAUAUAGAUCUCAGCUAAUUUAGAAAUAUCAUUUUAGAGAGGCUGUCUCCCCAGAAAAUCUUAUCCUGCUCUCAUUGGUUAUCUGUAGUAGCAUGGACAGACUCCGCCCAUAUUUCCAUAUUGACCCUUUGCAUGCGACAUCACACUCUUCAAAAAGUAGCCCACAUGGCCAUGACGGAACGUCCAAGCCACCUAUGCGCAUGUUAACUCUUGCAAAACUUGUCAAUAAAACAGAGUUGGUAGUCUAAUAUGGUCACAGGGUGCUGCACGGACGAGGAUUCGAAAGAUGAUGGUGAUGCAUAGCAGCAACUUGAACAAGUAGCAGGCAUGGCUAAACUGGCAAAACUAACUUGGGAAAACAAUCGCAGUCGUCUGUUCAAUACUUUGAUCCCUCAGGCGUCCGUCAUGGUACCUCAGUAUGAUCAGGUGACAGAGCUGCAAAGGGUCAAUAAGGUUCGUUAGAACUUAAAACUCCUGACAGUCUUUCAAUAGAGAAAAAACUAAACUUGCUCUCAUUGGUGGUAACUUGUAGCUGUAUAGAAGUCUUAUAGAGGUCAACACAUAAACAGAUGAACUUUUUCACUGAACCUUUAAGGGUUUGGUUUGAAACCAUGUUAAGUUGCCGUCCCUCCAAACACUGGUCUCCCGUAGAGAUCAUUAUUCCAGGUCAGUCAUUGCCAGACAAUUUGGGCUAUAUAGGGGUCUUGUCCAGAUUUACUCUUAACAAAGAUGUUAAAAGUCAGGCAUCACCAACUGCUUUCAUCAACCCUAGCCCAAACUUUUACUUUCAGGAAACUUCCAUGUUUGGACAGAAGUCCAAAUGUCUUAAUCAAAAUUCAAGGUUUCAUUUUGACUCUUUAAGCAGUGCGAGCUUUUGAUUUUAAAAUACGAAGCAGCGGUUAACCCAAGACAUGGAAAUAUAUUUGAAUGUUUGUGUUGUCCAAAUUUCUUGAUUCUUGUCUCAGUGGUCCACAAUGCAAGAACAUAAUAGUCCCUGGAGACCAUAACCACAAUGCAGCUUUUGGUCGAGAUUUGUAAAGGGACUAACAGAAGAAAGCUGCAGUGAGAUCAGGCAUCUGAAAAGGCGGGAAUUUUUCAUUCUUGCUAUUUUUGACCAAUAAACACAUUUGAAACCUGUGGAUCAAGAAUUGGUAUUUUCCUGAAACACAGGAAAUUCUUUUUGUGGUAUUAUAUUUUGUUUACAUCAAAACUAGCUAAGUUAAUAACAUGUUGUUACUGUGAUAUGUUUUUUUGUUUUUAAAUCUCCCCAAAAUUAAAAAUCUCUGCAACAGUUUUUUAACAAUAAAGCCUGAAGCUUGAAUGGAGCCUGAUCCUCCCACAACCCUUUUAAUGUUGAGAAUUGUAAACUUCAUAAUCUUCUGAGUCAUCAGAUACCACUACUUUAAUGUUUAAACCCACAUUUGGCUGUUAUGUCAAAUCACUUUCAUUAUGAAUACACUUCAUAAAACAUCAGGUUGUCUCAGCUUGGAAAACAAGAGAGCUGAAACUGGACAUUACCUACAUUAUCUAAGUGUUACGUUGCGGCUUACGGAUCAUGGCUUCAUGCCUUCACCAUGUUGUGGCCCCGUUGAUCACAGUGGGCUCCAGUGUUUUUUCCAAAAGAAAGUACCAGAACACAUCUGAAGACUCCCUCUAACUGGGUGACAAACACGUAUCAGCAGGUUCCCGGCGUCUUUUGGUUUGUCUUUACUAUGCGCUUGUUUUCUGAUGCCUUCUGCAUCUCGUGUUUCAGUGUUGUCCAUCUUGAUGUUCGGUCUAAGCAGACAGCAUUACAAGGUUAUUUAAGUGACAACAUUUUUGUACAGCUUAGGCUGAACUUCAGAGGUCUGAUGUUUCUUCUGCUCAGUGUUCUCCUCCAGACAGAGGAGCAUAUAUGAUGUCCUAUUAACAGCAUUACCUGCUGAUCUGAAUAAGCUAAGCUACUAACAUAGAGAUGGCAGUCAAAGAACAAUUAAGAACUCUCCUAAAAGAGCACGGAGGAAAACGUUUUCAUUGCGACUUUCAGCUUUCCUGCGGUAUGUUUUGUAUUUGUGACUUUGUUGUGCUGUGACUUGUUCUUCCCGUUUAUAUCCCUGGGUCCUAGCAGCAGCCCUUUGAUAGGAAGACUGGAAUUCCAGUGAAUUUAUUUUUGUAUCACUCUGUCUGUGAUUCCCCCCGAAAGGAGAUGUUCAUGCCUUAAUCUGUGUUCUUCAACUUGGUCUUGUUACGGUGAGAAACUAUGACAAUUGUCAACUUUGUUUUGAUAAAUGCUGUAAUCGGUCAUAAAUAAAUAGAAAAAUCCUUUGAGUUUUAUCGUGGUUUUUUUUUUGGUAUUUAAUACCCCUACAUUCUACAAUGUAAAGGAUAAUUCACAAUUGGAUAAUGCCAAACAUGGCAGACUAGCUUAGGUUUGCAAACCUAUUCAUGAUGAGUGAGUAUGGUGGUACUUUGGAAAUAUUUUAAAGGAGUUUUUUUGGAAGACUUUUACAAUAACUUUCCUCAAAUCUCAUGGAAAGCAGAGAGAUACUGCUUUAUUUGAUCCUUUGUGCUGACAUGUGACGGUAAAUGUAACUUUUUGUCACUCGCCAUGUCGAUCACAGACUAUGACUUCACACCAAGUUAGUCUGAGGCAGCAGAAACCUAACAUUUUUUAACAUUUUUGCAGAAAAUUUGGAACAAAAGAACCCCCUUAUAAGUAUGGACCAGUUUGAUCUGAUUAUUCUGCAUGAAUUUCCUCACUUGUGAAAAUCUGAAGGGACUGUUUUACUAGAACUAAUUUGCUGGACCUCUGUUGAAUUACAUCAGCCACUUAAAAGGUCGUGAAUAUUUAAGCAAUCUCAUUUUUAUGCUCACCAGUUUUUGUCAUUUUCUAGAAAUGGUAUGUUUUUGUAAUAAAACCAAACAAAACAUUUGAUCGUCACUGUUGAUUUGUAAAAGCCUUAUGCUGUGCUAACACGUCUCGGUUGGGUUGUUAAUGGUCCACUCAACCCAACCAGGUGAAGAAAAUGGACAUGUUGCUGGUUCUAUUCCAGUGAACCAUAUCUCUAUAAGCAAUUUGGAAGAAAUGCUGGUCAGU